UGAUAGUCGGUUCGAUCUGUUUUGCAUAGUUUUUCAAACAUCACAAUAUUUUUAUGUAUUUCAGAUAACUGAGUUGUCGCAAACCAGUUACUUUAAUUAUCUGUUUCUUCGUAUUGUAACUUUUAACGCAUAACGCCUUUCUGUGUGCAGCUUGCAUUUAUCUGAAGCGAAUUUUCUUAUGAAACAUUACAGUCGAUUUGUAUUGUAUUUGUAUUGCAUUUGUAUUUAUAUUGCGUAGUGAAUAAAAAAAAUAAAAAAUGUUACGGGACGUCGUAGUACAUCUGAUAAUAAGUGCUAUUGGUGUAAUUGUAGGUAUAUCAGCAUUUUUUGUUUUCUUCGUAUCAUAUAGAAAUCACGAUGUUGGAUUUUGGUCGAUCUUAUCAGGUAUUUUAGCUGCAGUUUGUUUCCAUUUGCAUUGGGUUAGAGGAAAGGAAAGUUUGGAAAGAUGGCAUACCAAAGUUACAUUGAGAAAUCUAAAUGUUGUUGGUUUUGUAAGUGCAGUUGCUAGUGUUGCUGCAUUAAUUUGGUAUCUGUUUCUUACAUUUUAUUAUAAAAUUCCCAUUGAACCAAUUGCACACAGUACAAUAAUUUCAGCUGUUUGGUCCAUGAUUUGUGGCAAAUGGGGUAUUUUCUUAAUGUACUAUUCUCAUAAGUAUGAAAUAAUUAUCCAAGAAGGGUCUGCACCCAUCCUGAUAGGAGAUGGUGCUGCUUAACAUUUUUUAUAUUAAUAAAUACAAACAAAUUUGAUAAUAAUUUUUAUAAGUGUUAAUAAUAUAAAAUAAGAUUAAACGCUAUCAGUAAUCAAUAAAUAAAUAUAUUUUCAUAAAAGUA